AUGGAGAAGUUUACCAGCAGGAACUGGUAUGACAGAAUUGAUGAAACUGUUAUUCUUGGCGCUCUUCCAUUUAGAAGCAUGACUGACCAGUUGAUAAAUGAAGAAAAUGUAAGAGGAGUAGUGUCCAUGAAUGAAGAUUAUGAAUUGUAUAUGUUUUCAAAUACAAGUGAAGAAUGGAAAAAUAGAGAUGUAGAAUUUUUGCAGUUGAGUACUAGGGAUAUAUUUGAAGCCCCUUGCCAGAGUAAAAUUAUUCAGGGAGUAGAGUUCAUCAAGAAAUUUAAGGAUUUAAAUCAAAGUGUUUAUGUUCACUGCAAAGCAGGUAGGACUAGAAGUGCCACACUUGUAGGUUGUUACCUCAUGGUUAAAAAUGGUUGGGGACCGGAAGAAGCAGUUGAGUUCAUGAGGAAUAAAAGAGCGCAUAUUCUUCUUCAUUCUGUUCAGUGGGAAGCUUUAAAAACAUUUCAUGCUAAUAAUGCUACUAGAAACUUUAACAAUCUCAUUCAGCCUGAAAAUAAAAAUGACAAUGAAAAGUCAGACUGA